AUGAAAAAUACAUCUGGAAAAAACAACUCCAGUUCUGGAGAUUCUAUUGAAAAAGAGCAUGAAACUGAUUUUUCAUCACUCAAUUUGAGUGAAAUAAUCCUAAAAUGGCUCAGCCAUAAGAACUUUAAACGUAUGACAAGAGUCCAAUCUUUAUGUUUAAGAGCGUUUUUGAAGCGAGAAAAUGACGUUUUAGUCCAAUCAUGUACAGGAUCAGACGUUUUUUCAGUAAUUAUUUUACCUACACGUGAGUUGUCAAUACAAGUUUUUGAUAUUAUCAUUGAUUUCCUCCAAUUUACACACUUGAACAUGUCAAACUCAAUUAAUAACACAGCUGAAACUGAUAAAUUAAACAUGUAUAGAAUAAUGGAAAAGAAUGUGUAUAGUAUAUUAAUGAUUGGUGGAACAUCAGUAGAUAUUGAGAUUAGGGAUAUGAAAAAAGCGAUAGAAAACACAUUUGUAAAGAGUUUUGUAGUUGGAACACCUGGAAGAUUGAGACAUGUAAUGGACUUGUUAUCGCAUGAGUUUGUUUGGACUUUUCGGAAUUUGCGAUUCCUGAUCCUCGACGAGGCUGACCGUUUACUUGAAAUGGGUUUCCAAAAUGAUUUGAGUAAUAUUCUGACAUACCUACCAAAGCAAAGACAAACUGGACUCUUUUCUGCUACUUUAAACACUGGAGUGGAAACUCUUUCCAAACUCUGUCUCCACAAUCAUAUUCACAUUAAUACUGACACACCAAGUGAUACCAACCAUAUUAAUAAAACAUAUACUAUACCCAAAGGGUUGAAUAAUUAUUACUUGAUAUUGUCUAUAGAGGAGAAGCUUUGUUUCUUAUUAUUAUUCUUGGAGUAUUUAAGAACCACAGAUUCAACCAAAAUUGUCAUUUUUUUCCUUUCAUGCGAUUUAGUUAAUUAUUACCAUCAAAUAUUAUCCACACUAAUGACUUGUGAGAGUAAUUUAAAAUCCAAAAUACAUAAUACCAAAUCAACCAAUACUAAAAAUACUAAUAGUAACACUAAUACUAAUAGUACAACUAGUGAAAAUAGUACUGGUAAUAUUAGGAUAAUGAAGAUACAUAGAAAAAUGACGAGUAAAAAGAGGAAUAAAAGUAUUGAGACUUUUAAAUCAAAUACAAGUGAUUGUAUGAAUGUAUUAUUAUGUACUGAUGUAUUUUCAAGAGGAAUUGACGUACCAGGGAUUGACUGGAUUUUACAGAUUGGAAGAGCUGGAAGAGCAGAAACACCCGGUAACGCAUUACUUUUAUUAACAGAGACUGAAGAAUCUUAUAUACAAUUUCAAAAAAACCAUAGUGAAUAUUGGAUUAAAUUACAUGAUCUAAAGGAUAAAUUAAUUGAAAAUGAUACUAAAAUACAUAUAAUUGAUAAUAAAGUAGAUUUAAUGGAUGAUAAUGGAGUUGAUACGGUUGAUACUAGAGUGGAUAAGAGUUAUUUAUCAUAUUUAAUGGAGAAUCCAGUGAAUAAACCUAUACUUUUAUGGGAAAAAACAGCUAUUAUAUUAUCAUAUUUAAGAUUAUUAAACUCUAAAGAUAGGGAAUUGUUAUUAUUAUCUUCAAGAGCAUUUGUAUCAUACACGAGAGCAUAUUCUGAGCAUUCAUUAAAGUAUAUAUUUGAAAAACAGAAAUUAGAUUACGGAGCAUUAGCAACUUCACUUGGAGUUUUAAGAAUACCAAGAGUUAAAGAAAUUCUAGGAAGGAAGAUAUUACAUUUUAUACAAUCUAAUAUUAACCCUAAAGAUGUACCAUAUUUAGAUCCAGUAAAAGAAGCUAAUAGAUUAAAACAAAUUGAACAAUUAAAUACACAUGAAAAUGGUACACAUGAUAAAAUUACACAUAAAGAUAAAAAUGAUAAAAAGAUUAAGAAUAAAGUGAUUAAGGAUAAAAAGAUUAAUAGAACAAGAACAAUGAAAAGAGAAGCUAAAAGAAGGAUUGAAUUUGAUGAAUGGAACGAGUUCAGAAGAGAAGAAGCACUAGUUAAAAAACUCAAAAAGAAAGGAUUCAACCAUAAAGAUAUAGAAAAUCUAAAUCAAGAAGAAUGUGAGUUUGGAGAGGAUUUGGAAUUGGAUGAAAAAAGCUCAAAACGUUGGAUUCUUAGAGGUAAAAAGAGAAAUAAGAGGAAAAAACACUAA